AUGAGUUCCUUGCGUCUUCUUGCCAGAGCAAGGUUUUUAGUUCCGUCGCCGUCUCUCAACUACGUGCCUCGGUCAAGCCGCCUCUCUGUGCUUACUGCAGUUGCUCACUCGCAUAUUUCUCGUCUGAGACCCUUGUCCUCGCUCUCGCUAUCUUCGAAGCCCCCACCAAGAAGUUGCAAACUACCCCUCCGCCCCGCGUUUGCCUCUGCCCCCGCACCACUCAUCGUCAGCUCCCGGCGGUAUUGCUCCCACGCAUCGUUCAGACACAGACUCGCAAACAUGACGGACCGAGAUAUCCUCCCGGAUACCUUUAAGCCUGCUCAUUAUGACCUCGUGAUUAAAGACCUCGACUUCAAAAACUGGUCCUACAAGGGCAGCGUCAGGAUCGAUGGCGAGCUGGUCAAGCCGACCAAGGAUAUCGUGCUAAACACUCUGGAGCUCAAGCUACUCAACUCCAAUAUUGUCGUUACUCAGGGCAAGAGUGAACAGUCAUGGGAGUCGACCACUUUCGCCGAGGAUACCAAGACGCAGCGGUCCACCAUCACCUUCCCCGAGGAACUGCCCGUGUCCACCAAUGUCUCGUUGACCAUCGACUUCACCGGCGAGCUCAACCAUGACAUGGCUGGCUUCUACCGCAGCCAGUACAAGCCUGCUGCCCCGGCCGCCCCGAGCGUGCCCCGCGAUGACGAGUUCCACUACAUGCUGAGCACCCAGUUCGAGGCAUGCGAUGCACGCCGUGCGUUUCCCUGCUUCGACGAACCGAACCUCAAGGCAACCUUUGACUUGGCCCUCGAGAUCCCGGAGGACCAGGUGGCCUUGUCCAACAUGCCCCAGAAGGAAACGAAGCCUGUGGAUGGAGGCAAGAAGGUCGUCUCUUUCGAGCGCAGUCCGGUCAUGAGCACUUACCUCCUUGCGUGGGCCGUUGGAGACUUUGAGUAUGUUGAGGCCUUCACAGACCGCGAAUACAAUGGCAAGAAGUUGCCCGUUCGUGUCUACACCACGCGCGGGCUGAAGGAGCAGGGCCGGUGGGCGCUGGAGCAUGCUCCCAAGAUCAUCGACUACUUCUCGGAACAGUUUGAGAUCGACUACCCUCUUCCCAAGAGCGACAUUCUUGCCGUGCACGAGUUCACCCACGGCGCCAUGGAGAACUGGGGUCUGGUCACAUACCGGAUGACGGCUAUCCUAUUCGAUGAGAAGCUUUCGGAGGCCAGGUUCCGCAACAGGAUUGCUUACGUCGUUGCCCACGAACUUGCCCACCAGUGGUUUGGUAACCUCGUAACCAUGGACUGGUGGGACGAGCUCUGGCUCAAUGAAGGUUUCGCCACCUGGGCCGGUUGGCUGGCGACCGACCAUCUGCACCCUGACUGGGAGGUCUGGCCGCAGUUCAUCAACGAGGGCAUGGACCAGGCCUUCUCGCUCGAUAGCGUUCGGUCGUCUCACCCCAUCCAAGUCGAGGUCCGCGAUGCCCUCGACGUCAACCAGAUCUUUGACAAGAUUAGCUACCUAAAGGGCUGCUCCAUGAUCCGCAUGUUGGCGUCCAACCUCGGCAAUAAGACGUUCCUGAAGGGCAUCGCCAUUUACCUCAAGAAGAAUGCCUAUGGCAAUGCCAAGACGGAGGUUUUGUGGGACUCGCUCAGUGAGGCGUCUGGCGUUGAUGUCAACAGCAUGAUGAAACCCUGGAUCGAAAAGAUUGGCUUUCCCGUACUGAGCAUCACCGAGGGCAAGCAGCAGAUUUCCGUCAAGCAAUCCCGCUUCCUCUCCACCGGCGACGUCAAGCCCGAGGACGACCAAACCACCUGGUGGGUACCGCUAGCCGUCAAAGGCAAGGUUGGCUCCGAGGGCAUCGAGCCACUCACUCUUACGACGAAAGAGGCGACUUUCGACGGCAUCAGCGAGGAGUUCUACCAGUUGAACUCUAAUGCCACCGGCUUUUACCGCGUCAACUACCCCGAGUCCCGUCUCAAGCUCCUUGGUACCCAACUGGAUCACCUCACAACCGAGGACAAAAUCUUCAUCACAGGCUCCGCCGCCGACCUUGCAUUCUCCGGUUACGCCACAACCGGGGCCCUUCUCUCCUUCAUCCAAGGCCUCAAGGGCGAGACUCACUACCGUGUCCUCAGCCAGGCUUUGGACUCUAUUGGCACCCUCAAGUCCAUCUUCGGUGAUGAUGAACAGAUUAAGAAUGGCUUGGCGAAGCUUACACUGGAGUUGAUCGAUAAAGCGCUAAAGCAAGUCGGCUGGGAGAGCGCCAAGGAUGAGGACUUCAACACCGGCUUGCUGCGCAAGCGGCUGCUUCUCACCGCUGUUGUGAACUCGCACGAAGAGGUCACCGCCGCCGCUUUCGAGCGCUGGUCCGCCUACCAAUCCAACCCCUCCGCCUCCCCCAUCCCCGCUGACUUGCGUGCCCCCAUCUACCGCGCCGCCAUCCUCAAGGACCCUUCAGCCACGGUCAAGGCUCUCAAGCAUGAGUGGUUCACCACGCCCGCCAUCGACGGCAAGGAGAUCUGCCUUCAGGCCCUCGGGCACACGGGCGACGAGGACAUCAUCAAGACGACCCUCCUCCCCUUCCUCUUCAACACCUCCCCGCCCGCAGCUGCCACCGACGUCAUCCCGCCCGGCGACAUGCACAUCUUCGCAGGCGUCCUGUCCACCAACCGCACCGGCCGGCCGCUGCUUUGGGCUUUCCUGCGGGACAACUGGGAUCAGUUCAACGCCAAGCUGGGCGGAAACCCAAUUCUGGUCGACCGCAUGGUGAAUGUCAGCCUGCCGAGGUUCACGGAUACCGAGACCCUGGCUGAUAUUGAGCGCUUCUUUGGCCCUGGAGGGGUCAGCACCAAGGGCUUCGACCGCACGCUGGAGCAGGUCAAGGACAAGAUUCGGGGCCGUGCCGCCUACAAGGCGAGGGAUACUGAGGGUGUCAGGGCCUGGCUUGUGGGGAAUGGUUACGCAUAA